CAUGCACGCACAGGCCACAGCUUACCUCGAUAUGUAUACACAUAGGUGCAUACAUGGUUUUGCCCUAACCCGGCCAGGCCACCCCUUCCGCGCCAACAAUGAAGUUUUUCGAGAUCGCCAGGGCUGCAGGCCCUCGCGUGUUCAUCGACUGAUCUUCCUUUUAGCCUUUCUCCCGCUCAUCAUCUUCGCAAAGACCCUCUUAGUCAGGCCGAAGGGGCACUCUCCCGCGUUUCAACACCGUAAGACGAACUUGCACACUGCUACUAGUACCUACAUAUAUACCUACACAAUGCAUGUCUGUCUUGUCAUCCAUGGGCCUUCACCCACAACGUUCGCGGUUAAGCGCGCGCCCGGUGCUCGUGGAUAA